AACGUUAACUACUGCUGUUCGGUCACUUUUACAGACAAACUGCUCGCGGCUUGUCGCCGGUCUAGCACGCGCUCGAGCCGCUUAUUCGUUAACUACCACCGAGCUGUCGUCUUACUGCGCGGUGAGGAUUUAAACGGGAGCCCUGCGUCAGUUUGAAACUAUUCGGCAGGGCUGUGUAGACCAACGGUCAAUAACGCGCGCUCUCCUGCUCCCAUUAUACGAGGCUGGGAGGUCAGGUCACUCAGUUAAAACCGACAUGAACGGCCCAAAAACUCGGGUACGUGCUUUACCCGUGUUGUCGCUGUUGGCUGCAGCUCUGCUCGGGCUUUCACCGGACGCCAGCACGUGGUGAAGUAAAUCCCUGCGUACAAACCACUGGCACCCACAGUGGACUCCCUUAAUCGGGUUAAACCUGGGAGUAAGCUGCGCUUUUUUAUCCAGCCCUUUAAAACUGAUUCACCGUCUGUCCUGCUGCUGCAGCACUGCAGUGUUUUCCCCGCCUUGGUCCGGCGGUACCCCACAUGUUCUGCACUUCUCAGUGUUUUUCCUGCUCCGAGACACCUCACCCCACUAAUCAGCUCAUUAACAGCCCCUCCCUUAGCUGAAGUGGGCGUGUUAGAGCAGGGAAAGCCCCAACCUGGGGGUGCUCCAGGACCAGGGCUGGGAACCAGGGGCCUCAUUUCAGUCUCAGUUUGUUCUUCAGGUAAGUUUGCAGUGUUUGCAUGUGACUGAUUCAUAAACACUCAUCUUCCACGGAUUGCGUCCACUUAAUGCUAAGCACACCCAGAUUGCUCUUCAUGUGUCAGGCUGGAAACUUGUUCAUCUAUGCACCUUUUCACGUCACAUCCACUCUUUAUAAAUCACUUGGUGAUGAAUUAUCACAUGAGAAUUUUACGAACUGGUCUGUGUGUAGGAAGGUUAUAUGAAUGAGGCCACUACUCUACUGGGGCAGGUCUGGAAAAGUAUGCCACGCUGGUGACAUCAUUGCUAAUUACUAUUAACGCAUCGCCACAACUUACUCAACUCCUUUCUAAGGUGUGGGAACUAGAUUAGUCAUGGCCACAAAUUAGUAAGGCCUGGGAACAAUUAAUCGUUUUUUUCUAGUUAAGUUGUGGCUCUGUAGAAAAGACUGGCAUUGCAGAAACAUUUUCAGACAUGAAGUGUGGAAAAAAACUAUGGAUAUUUUAUCAUAUAAUUGAGAUACACCUGUGCCACCAUAAGCUAGAUGGGGUAUUUCUGGGGCUUCAGAGUUAAACUCUGCCUGAAUGUAGAUCGUGAAUUGUUAGCUGAUGACCGAGUCCUUCUUGAACCAAAUGAGGUGUGUUGGAGCAGGAAAAAUGUGAAACUGUGCAGUGCAGGUCUCGGACUACGAAACGCAGUUCUACACAAUCCUUUAACAUACACUGUCCUGACAGAGAACAAAGCAUCCCAGUUUCUAACACGGCAUCGGCGAGCAAACUCCAUUUUCGAAGAGAGCAAGAAGGGCAACUUGGAGAGAGAGUGCAUUGAAGAGUUGUGCAGUAAGGAGGAAGCAAGGGAGAUCUUUGAGAAUAUCCCUGAGACAGAAUACUUCUACCCCAAGUAUGUUGGGUGCCUAGGGUCCCACCGUGUAGGCAUCACUGUCCCACAUGCAGAACCUGGAGUCCCUCCGGAUCUCCGUACCUGUGUACAAGAGAUCAGUAACCAGUGCCUGCCACUGCCAUGCCAUAAGGAGGGAUAUGAACGCUGCAUUGACGGUCAGGGAACUUACACCUGUGUAUGCAAACCUGGAUGGAAUGGACCUCGCUGUGCAGAAGAUAUUGAUGAAUGUGAAGAUCCCACAUUUCUUGCUGGUUGUAACCAGCAAUGCUCUAACUUGCCUGGAAGUUACCGUUGCUCAUGUCGGGAUGGUUACUAUUUGCAUGACAAGAUCUACUGUACAGACAUUAAUGAGUGCCGGCUUUAUCCCAGUAUCUGUGAGGAGCCAGCCAGAUGUGUCAACACACAGGGCACAUUUGAGUGCCAGUGCCCCUUCGGAUACAAGUACAACUUUACCUCACGCGAGUGCCAGGAUGUGGACGAGUGUGCGCUGAAUAUGUGCGAGGUCAACUGUGUGAACACAGUGGGCAGCUACUCGUGCCACUGUGAUGGGCGAAUGGGGCUGAAGCUGGCAGCAGAUGGGCAGUCCUGUGAGCAGAUUCCUGAGUGUGUGCAGCUCUUUGACCACAAGCAUGAGGAGAUGCUUUACCUUGGAGAGCAGUUUGCAGGCCUGCCUGUGAUCUACCUGCGUUUCCGUCUCCCUGAGAAUACCAAAUUUUCUGCUGAAUUUGACUUCCGAACAUUCGAUCCGGAGGGUGUAGUGUUGUAUGCUGAAUCAUUCUCAUACUCCUGGUUCUUGUUGGGACUGAGAGGUGGUCGCAUCGAGGUUCAGUUCAAGAACCAGCACUCUGUUAAGGUCACCAGUGGUGGCAAAGCCAUUAAUGAUGGCCAGUGGCAUGUGAUCUCAGUUGAGGAGCUGGAGAGCAGUAUAAGUGUGAAGAUCAGCAAGGAGGCAGUGAUGAGUAUAAGUAGUCCUGGGAGCCUUUUUACAGCUGUCAAUGGCAAACUGGAGACCAAAGUUUAUAUCGCUGGUUUGCCCAACCGCGCUGAUAGUGUUAUUAAACAGAUCAACCCCAGGUUAGAUGGCUGUAUUCGUGGCUGGAACCUGAUGAACCAGGGAGCUUCUGGAGUAAAGGAGGUCAUCCAGGAGAAAGAAAGCAAGCACUGCUUUGUUUAUAUAGAGAGAGGAACUUACUUUGUUGGUUUCGGGUUGGCCCUUUUCAACAUUGACUACAGUGAGUCCUCAGCAUUAACAUGUCUGAAAGGUCACUGGAGAGUAGACGUGGUGAUGAGCAUUCGUCCAUCCAGUAGCACAGGCGUCCUCUUUGCCCUUGUUAGCAAUAGCACUGUCCCACUCUCUGUCUCUGUGCUAACACAAGGACCAAAUGAAGCAGACCUGCAGGUGUUUCUGGAUGGCGUUUCAGUUGCGAAGCUCCAGUCACUGAUGCUGUGUUAUCCGGAGCAUUUGGUGGUGGAGUUGCAUGUGUCUGCAGAUGGCCUCCAGCUUGCAGCUAAUUCCUCCACUGUCUCCUACGCUGACACUGAGGCUCUCAGACAGGCCUUGACCAAACUCAAUGGCACCAUGCAGCAACCAGUUGACACCUACAUCGGGGGACUUCCAGAUCUUCCUCUGUCCUCCACACCUGUCUCGGCCUACUACCACGGCUGCAUGGAGAUCCGUGUGAAUGAGCAGCUGCUUGACUUUGAUGAAGCUGUCAGCAAACAUAACAGUAUCAAGUCUCACUCCUGUCCGCCUGUGUCUCCACCUGAACAUCCGACCAGCGAGCCUCAAUCUGAAGUAAAUAGGAAAUGAUAUCACAGGCUGGGGCGUUGGGAAUCCAUCACUAUUGCUGUCUGUGCAGUUGUAAAUACUUGUAAGAAGAUUGUAAGAGAGAAAGAAAAAGGUGAGAGAAACUACAGUGGUCUGUUGCUUGGUGUGGAUUGCCCUACAACCAUAGUAAACCUUUUUGACAAUUAUUGACUUUCCUGUGAAUAAUAACUCCUUAAACUGCAAGGGUCUAUAUGUACUUGCAUAUUAGUUAUGACACUGACAUAUCAGCGUUACAGUAUUUAACAAAUCACUUGUAGAAAUUACGAAAUAAGUGUUAAUCAUAAUAUCUCAAUAAUAAGCCUGCAGUUUAAGGGGUUUAUGGCCAACCCUGUCAGUCAAGAAAGGGCAUUGCCUUUUAUAUAUUUCCUCUGUUUCAAGGAAAUAGCAUAUAACGCAAUACAGAGCUGAGCUCUGACUGUUUUAGAAUAUGUAUUCGAAUCAGAUGUAGAGGUUAGGAAGGAUCCAGUUUAAGAUUAUUUACUAGGAUCUGAUAGAUUGAUCCUUUUCCUUGUCAGUAUGAAGGUCUGUGUCCUGUUUUAAAAUGAGAUGAACAGUCUGCUUGUGUUUUUUUUUUUUUUUUCUUUCUCCAAAACAUAUUCAUUAAUGAGAGAACUUUGACUUUGGGUUUUCUCUUGGUUUUCCAGUAAUGGAACAGAGGAGUUUAAGAUACUGUGUAUAACAUUUUUCACUCUGUGUCAAGUUUUUGAGGUUGAUUUCAGGGUAGAGUGUGUACUGAGUAUUGUAAUAAAAAUGAUCCAACUUACA